GCCUUUGAAUUUUUAUUUUCAGAAAUCAUUAGAUAUACUCAAUCGAGAGUAGAUGGAAUUCAAGAAUUCGAAAAGAAACUAACCAUCUUAGGUUAUCAUAUUGGAAUUCGAUUUUUAUCUUUAUUAAAUAUAAGAGAAUCAUUAGUACCUAAUUUAAGUUCAAUUCAAUCCAAUCAAUCAAUCAAUCAAAGAUCUUCAACUCUUUUAUUAAAUUCAAAUCAUUCAAAUUCAAGUCAUCUAACUCCUUUAACUAUCCAAACUAAUAAUUUACCUCCACGUCUCAAUAGACUGGUACCUAUCUUAUCUUGGAUUCAUACUACUUUAUGGAAGAAUGUGGUGGGUAAAACGGCUGAUAUUCUAGAACAUUCAAAUGAAAAUGAUGAUGAAUAUAUGAUUUCGGAUAAUUGUUUAUUACUUACUAAAUCAAUCACCAUCCCAAAAGAUAUGAGUCAAUUAAGUUGUGGAGCCAUCAUGGCUGGAGUUGUUGAAGCUUCAUUAGAUGGUUUAGGUUUUCCUGCAAGAGUUACUUCACAUUCGGCUCCUUCUGAUGAAUUUCCAAAUCGAACGACUUUAUUAAUCAAAUUUGAAAAAGAAUCAAUGCAAAGA